UGUGCACAAUCCAGUACACGUGUGUGAUCUCGAGAUCCAUGCAUAGUCGGAACAACAGAGGGCGCACUCUUUAAUGUCUCUUUGGUCGUAAACAGGCAAAAUGGGUAUCGAUAUCGACCACUCCAAGCUGCGGAAAGUCCACAGAACUGAACCCAAGAGUGAGGAUAUCUACCUCCGACUGUUGGUGAAGCUCUACAGGUUUCUGGCCAGGCGUACAAAUGCCAAGUUCAACAACAUCGUCCUCAAGAGGCUGUUUAUGAGCCGCAGCAACAAGGCUGCCAUGUCUCUCGCACGUGUGGUUCGCUUCAUGAACAAGGAUGGCCGUGAGGGCAAGACUGCCGUCGUCGUUGGAUGCAUCACUGAUGACGUGCGUAUCCACAAGCUGCCCAAGCUGAAGAUCUGUGCCCUGAGGGUGACUGCCCGUGCUAGGGCUAGGAUCAUCAAGGCUGGAGGAGAGAUCAUCACCUUCGAUCAGCUCGCCCUCCAAUCCCCCAAGGGACAGAACACAGUGCUCAUGCAAGGAUGCCGAACCCAUCGCAAGGUGUACAGACAUUUCGGAAGGGCCCCAGGAACCCCAAGUGCACACACUGCACCAUACGUACGCGCUGUUGGCCGCAAGUUCGAGACAGCUCGAGGUCGCCGCAACCGAUGUGGAUUCAAGAACUAAAACACGAGGAUACCCAGGGCUGCCUGCCCAAAACCGCCAGUGUCAUCUCCAUAAGACUAUAUUACUGUUCAUAGCGUGAAUAAACAACAUCACAGAUACUGGA